AUGGACAAGUAUGAAGUUGUGAAGGAUUUGGGAGCUGGGAAUUUCGGUGUGGCUCGUCUUCUUAGGCACAAGGAGACCAAGGAGCUCGUUGCCAUGAAAUACAUCGAGAGAGGUCGCAAGGCUAGAUACUUCUUUCAGCAACUGAUUUGUGGCGUGGAUUACUGUCAUUCCUUGCAAAUAUGUCAUAGAGAUCUCAAGCUUGAGAACACACUGCUCGAUGGGAGUCCUGCGCCGCUGUUGAAAAUCUGUGAUUUUGGUUACUCCAAGUCAUCUCUGCUACACUCUAGACCUAAAUCAACAGUCGGCACUCCAGCUUACAUCGCACCUGAAGUUCUUUCCCGAAGAGAAUAUGACGGAAAGCAUGCGGAUGUUUGGUCUUGCGGUGUGACUCUCUAUGUGAUGCUGGUCGGAGGUUAUCCGUUUGAAGACCCCGAUGAUCCCAGAAACUUCAGGAAAACAAUCCAACGUAUAAUGGCUGUUCAGUAUAAGAUUCCGGACUACGUCCACAUAUCGCAGGAGUGUAAACACCUUCUCUCUCGCAUAUUUGUUACUAAUCCUGCUAAGAGAAUCACGCUUAAAGAGAUCAAGAAGCAUCCGUGGUUCUUGAAGAACUUACCAAAGGAGCUUACAGAUUCUGCUCAAGCGGCCUACUACAAGAGAGACAACCCGAGCUUCUCUCUUCAAAGCGUAGAGGACAUAAUGAAGAUCGUAGGAGAAGCAAGGAGUCCACCUCCGUCUUCCAGUGCCGUCAAGGGCUUUGAUGACGAUGAAGAAGAUGUGGAGGAUGAGGAAGAGGAGGAAGAAGAAGAAGAAGAGGAAGAGGAAGAGGAAGAGGAAGAGGAUGAAUACGAGAAGCAUGUCAAAGAGGCACAUUCCUGUCAAGAGCUUCCCAAAGCUUAA